AUGGCCGAGCCCUGUUGUGAGACUUCUUCUGAGGAAAGCCUCGGCACCAAAGAGCCCACAGAAGCCGAACCAAAGCGCCCAAAGCAGAAGAUGCCAAGGUGUUGUCGCCGCUGCUGCCCGGACAGUUUCAUCACCUCUUUCCCCAGGGUUCUGAAGCAGGUUCACGAGGGCCUGGACAUCUUCGAGCCCAUCGCCGAGGAGUCUGCACCCCUGGCCAGCUCCACCAAGCGCUCCACCAUCACCUUCAGAGAGAUCCAGACCUCCGUGCCCCUGCUGCUGCCCAGGGAGAUUGGCAAGCACGCCAUGUCCUAG